GAAAUAGAAAUUAAGGACACGGAAGCUUCUGCUCUUGAGAUUUUGAUUAAUUUCUGUUACACUGGUGAGAUAAAGAUCAGCGACGUCACUGUUUGGAGUAUUCUGCCUACUGCCUGCUUUCUCCAAUUGAACGAAGUUCAGGCAUUUUGCUGUCAGUUUCUGAGGAAGAAAUUGUCUCCGUUGAAUUGCUUCGGAAUUCGUGCGUUUGCUGAAGCUCACGCAUGUCAGGAGCUUUUCCGCAGUGCUAACGAGUACAUAUUGCACAAUUUCGAGAAACUUAUUGGCACGGAAGGGUUUUAUCAUCUUCAUGUUGAACAACUUGUUGAACUUAUUUCAAGUGACGAGCUCCGUGUCCAGUCAGAAGAACAAGUUUACGCAGCAGUGGUUGAGUGGAUUAGAUUUGGUCUGCUGGAUCGGGAACAAUUUCUCUCCAAGUUGUUGGAACAUGUACGACUUCCACUUUGUCACCCGCUCUUUCUGGUAAACACAGUCAGUGAAGACGCGUUGGUGAAGGCGGACGCUGUCUGCCGACAUCUUGUCGAUGAAGCGAAGAACUAUCAGCUUCUAAAACGGUUUCCGUCCAAAUUACCAAACAUGCAAGGACCACGCACCAAAGCGAGGAAAUCAAUCAAGUUUGGUGGACUGUUAUAUGUUGCGGGAGGUAAUUGCAACGACGAAGCUCUUACUUCCGUGGAGUGUCUUGACCCUGGAGAAGCAAUCCCUAUGUGGCGGCACGUUGCUUCAAUGUUUUGGGCAAGGGAUGGAGCCGGCGUUGCUGCUAUCGACAACUUCCUCUACGUCAUUGGCGGUCCUCCAAUGCUCCGUAAACGGUACGCAUUUGAUGUGGCUACGCUUGAUGACUUUAUUUAUGCAGUGGGUGGGAGCGAUGGUACACAAUGUCUGAACAUUGUCGAACGGUAUGAUCCCAGACGGAAUCAAUGGAUCAGUGGAGCACAUAUGCUUACAUGCCGAGCUGGAUUAUCUGUUUCCGUACUCAACGGUUGUUUAUACGCUGUAGGAGGAUGCGAUCGAUCAACAUUGAAUACCGUGGAG